AUGAAGUAUAAGGACACAAUGCUAGAGGAAAAUUGGAGGAACUUCUCUGGACAAUGUCAGAGGAAAGUGUCAGAUUUCUACGAGACGCUCGAGGAAACUGUAGAUAAGGUUAAUAAAAGAGACCUCCUCAUCGGCCAGGGAGACUGGAACAGUCAAAUUGGUAGUGACUCAUGUGCCGAAUGGAAAGGGACUGUAGGAAAAUUUGGUCUCAACAGUACUAAUAAAGGAAGUGAGAAUGCACUUAUGUUUGUUAAGAGGUAUAAUCUUGUCGUAACUAACACACUCCUCCAACACGAGAUCUCGACUUGUAACAUAGCAUACUCCAAAUGGACAGAACCAUUACCAGAUAGAUUACAUUAUGAUAAAGCUGAAAAGCAAGUAAGGGAAAUUACACCGAGGCUCAAAUAUAACGUCAACAAACUUCAAGAUCCAAAUAUUGCAGAGCAGUUCAGUACAACAAUUGAUGACCGAUUCGCUCCCCUGCUAUUUAUAGACAAUAUUCAUGAUCAAACUCAGGAGUUUACGAAGGUAGUCAACAAAACGGCCUUAGAAGUUCUUGGCAAAAGAGAAACUAUGCAAAUACCCACGAAUGGGUACAUCCUACUGGAAAGCCUUAAAACCCAGGCAGUAUCAAAUGAAACUGUACCUGAAAUCGUAAGGUCGGAGGUAGAAUAUGCUGUCAAAUGCUUGAAGAAUAACAAGGCAGCAGGAGUCGACAAUAUCCCAGGCGAACUCAUCAAGUAUGGUGGAGAAACAAUGGUUUCUGCACUACUUUCCAUCUCCAAUAAGAUUCUCCACACUGAAAGAGCAAUUGAAUGCACUCUUGAUGACGCUCAGGCGGAAUUCAGACCCAGGCGAAGCACAGUAGAACAGAGAUGUAAUCUUAGAUGUAAUCUUAGAGUGAUAGGAGAAAAGUAUAUUAAUCAUCAAAUGGCCGUGUAUAACAACUACAUUGACUAUAAGAAGGCGUUCGAUAGGGUCUGGCAUGAUGCGCUGUGGUCCGUCCUAGAAAAGCAUGGCAUUGACACUGAAAUUAUGAGAGCAAUGAAGAAUCUAUAUCAGGUUGCUGAGAGUGCCGUGCAAAUUAGAGAGCAACGUAGCAACUUCUUCAAUUGUGGUGUUGGCGUCAGGCAAGGUUGCAUUCUGUCACCAAUGUUAUUCAAUGCAUUCCUGGAAGAAAUCAUAACUAGAGCACAUGAAGGUUAUAAUGGUGGUGUCACUAUACAAGGAAGGAAAAUCUCGAAUCUUAGGUUCGCAGACGGCAUAGACCUCAUCACUAGUUCAGAAAAGGAACUGCUCGAUUUGACUUCAAGACUGGAAAAGGUUUCAAGAAGUUUUCGAAUGGAAAUCAGUGCAGAAAAAAGUAAACCAAUGGUAAUCAGCAACAAGGCUGCAACAAUUGAAUGGAAAAUAGAGAUCGGAAGCCUCCCUCUGGAACAAGUUAGCCAGUUUCACAUUCACAAUGCAAGAGUCUGGCAAAACAUAUUCUGA